AUGACGGCCGAGAGCGCGCCGCCGCCCCCGCCGCCGCAGCCCGAGGCGCUGGCGGCCGUGAAGGAGGAGCGCGGCGAGGCGGCGGCGGCGGCGGCGGGCGCGGGGGUCCCGGCGGAGGCGGCGGGCGGCCGUGGCGCGGGCGGACGGCGACGCAAGCGCCCCCUGCAGCGGGGGAAGCCGCCCUACAGCUACAUCGCGCUCAUCGCCAUGGCCAUCGCGCACGCUCCCGAGCGCCGCCUGACUCUGGGCGGCAUCUACAAGUUCAUCACCGAGCGCUUCCCGUUCUACCGCGACAACCCCAAGAAGUGGCAGAACAGCAUCCGCCACAACCUCACGCUCAACGACUGCUUCCUCAAGAUCCCGCGCGAGGCGGGCCGCCCGGGCAAGGGCAACUACUGGGCGCUCGACCCCAACGCCGAGGACAUGUUCGAGAGCGGCAGCUUCCUGCGCCGCCGCAAGCGCUUCAAGCGCUCGGACCUGUCCACCUACCCCGCCUACAUGCACGACGCCGCGGCCGCCGCCGCCGCCGCCGCCAUCUUCCCGGGCGCCGUUCCCGCCGCCAGGCCGGCCUACCCCGGCGCCGUCUACGCGGGCUACGCGCCGCCGCUCGCCGCGCCCCCGCCCGUCUACUACCCCGCCGCGUCGCCGGGGCCCUGCCGCGUCUUCGGCCUGGUGCCCGAGCGGCCGCUCAGCCCGGAUCUGGGCCCCGCGCCGUCUGCGGCCGGCGGCUCCUGCGCCUUCGCGUCGGCGGCGGGCGCGGCGGGCACCGGGAGCUUCCAGCCGGCGGUGUGCACCGGCGCGCGGCCCGUCAACCCCGCCGCCUACGCCGCCGCCUACGCGGACCCCGACGGCGCGUACCCGCAGGGGGCCGGCAGCGCGCUCUUCGCCGCCGCGGCCGCGGGACGCCUAGCGGGACCCGCGUCGCCCCCCGCGGGAGGGGGCGGCGGCGGCGGCGUGGAGGCGGCGGUGGACUUCUACGGGCGCACGUCGCCCGGCCAGUUCGGAGCGGCGCUGGGGCCCUGCUACAACCCCAGCGGGCAGCUCGGAGCCGGCGGUGGCGGCGCCUACCAUGCCCGCCACGCCACCGCCUACACCGGCGCGGUGGAUCGGUUCGUGUCUGCCAUGUGAGCCGGAGGUAGGCACGAAGCCUCACAGACUCCAUGACGCUCAGAAAGAUGGUAAUCCCCGGAACCGGCGGAGAGCACUAAAAAGUGUGUCGAACUGAGACUCGCGUGCAAGGCCCCUGAGGACCGGAAGGGCCCCGUGUCUUGCACACUAUUCGCAGACCCGAUUUGCUCUGGAUGUGAGACGAGGAGGCUACAGUCGCGUUCGGACUGGGGCAAGGGACCCUCGAUGAUGCGAAGCUCCAAAGAGCGUGCCUUUCUGCCUUUUUACUAGGGAGGGUCCCAGGCUGUAAAGGGUGGAGAGCAGCAUCGUUGUGGACACCAGAAUGUAGGAUCCGAACUGUGGUGGCUUCAAAGUAAUGCUGUGCUACGCCGAAUUCGGGUUUUCUACAGGCUGGGCCUCUUGUAUGUUUGACUACCUUACUACAGUAAAAGCGGGGCUCGGACAGUGCCUUUCUUCUUAAAGAGAGAACAGAUUUGCAAAAGAAGUUGCUUUAAAAAUAAAAUGAUUCUGUUCAGCUGUGCUGGUUUUACCUGUCUCCAAGGACCACAAGCCUGAUUGAGACACAGUUUCCCAUCAAUCUGUCUGUUGCCCAGGACGGCUGUGAGCUUUUACCCUCUCGUUUUUAACCCUCUCCCAUUAUCUUGGGUGCCAUCGGUCCAUAUUUGGCAGCACUGGUGAGUCACCCAGGGCUUCCCAGUAGCCGUCCAGGGAAUGGGAACAGAUCCUUGGCAAGUAUUUAACCCACAGUCCCGGGACUAGCUCCAAGAAGAGAUUAUGUCCUAAUUAUUGAAUCUUUUGAGUAAGAUGUAUUGGUCAUUCUGCAGCAGUCACUGCAGUCACUCUGGUUUUCUGAUAAGGAGGAUGGGGGGUGGCUUUACAAUAAUUGGGUCUGUCUGUUUUGUUUUCCAUGCCCUCCACCAUGCCUGCCUCAGCACCCUCCUCGAACAAAAAGGAAAGAAACCUUUUAGAUCGCUGAUUAACAAAGCGAUCUAAAAAAAAGGAGGGUUCUUUAACUUCAUCCUGUAAUCCGUUUAUUUGAGGCAGCAGGCUCCGGGAAAUUAGAGCACAACGUUGGGGAAAAUCCAACCUGUCUCCAUCUUUGUCGUGAUGUUUAGUUUUACAGCGGAAACAUCUGAUAUUGAGGAAGGGCUCCACUCCCUUCAGACAACCUAGCUUGGUUUUUGUUUUUUGGUUUUUUUUUUUUAAUGGACUGAUUUAAUAAAAAUUUCUGAGCAAGUGAA